UUUUCCAUUAUGGAUAUAUGAACUUUAUCAAGUUGAAAAAAACUGGAUGGAAGCGGAAAAAAUCAGCACAACUUCAAUAAAUGUUUCUGAACAAUCUUGUGAAGUUGAAAGCAUCAAUCAAUGUACUUUUGAUCUGCACAAGACUCCUAUGCAUAGAUUUCGAAGGGCAUCAGAAAGUUCUUUGGAGAGUGUAAGUUAUUCUGAAAUAUAUUAUUUGGACGAUCAAAUGUACAAUACAGAAGAGAUCGUAGAAAUACAGAAAGUAUCUGAAAGUAGAAGUGAUGCCAAAAUUGAUGAGGUCAUUGAAGUUAAAAAAGGUAUGCUCGCAGACUUUCCUCACGUGACGCCCUUACCAAGAAGAUCGCGAUUGGCAGAACCCUCAAUUGUAUAUAAACUUUACGACGUUAUUAAAAGUUCAGUUAUAAGUGAAUACCAGCCUUUAACUAUUAAUUUAUUUCAAACUAAUAUAACGGAAGUGGACCUUCAUGUCGACAUUGAUUCCCGAAUUCCAACAUCUCUGAAAGAUUUGCCAUCAAAUGAUUUUGAGAAAAACACAAAAGAUAAUUAUAUUACUCGCCAGUUAAAAUUAAUAUGCAAGGACAGUGGUGAUACUUUGGAAGGAGACUUUUUUAAGUCGAAGGUCCCAAAGAAAAUACCAGUCAAAUCUAGCCAAUCUAACAAGGAAUUUAACGGUAUACCAUUGCAGUUGGGAGCAGUUACUAAUCUUCUAAAUAACCAGAUCUUUUCUGGGCAAACUAUUACAGAAAAUGCCUUUUCUUUGGUCAAAAUUUUGCAGAAUUUUGCGAACGCCGAACGAGUACACAAAAUAAGAACAGUUGGACACCAUCAACCACCUGCACAAAGAACUAACAACUUGACUGUUGAUAAUCAUAGCAGCUAUUUCGCAAGAGGUUUCUUCACACAAUUAAAUAGAAAUAAUAUUCCUACUACCAUUAUUGCAAGGCCUUGUCCAAAUGUACUAACUGUUCGAAGACAAGUUCGAAAUGUGCCAACAGUUCAAGAACUGAACAAUAAUGUAAGACAUAGUAUAUCGAAUCCAAAUCCGAUACAGAAAAGAUCCCAAUCAAAAAGUGGGCUAACAAGUUACGUUAAUCUGGGAUUUAUGUGUCGAUAAAUA